ACAAACCAAAGAUUCUCCCACCGCUUCUUCGACUCACCAGUGUGAGGGUUAUCAGAAUCAGCACCAAUGGGUGGAAAGUGCCCUCAUGGUCACCACUGGGACGCCUUGAUCAAAACAUGCAUGUCCUGUCAUUUGGUAUGCCAGCAAAAACAUGCACCCAGCAAGUGCACCAGCUACUGUGAGUCUGCUCAGUGCAAGACGCUGCCUGGCCACCACUAUGAUAGGCUGCUGCAGACAUGUGUUUCGUGUACUAAGAUUUGUGGCAGACAUCCAGCAGAAUGCGCCCCACACUGUGAGACUCCGCAAACUCCUGUGAAGACGAUAAAGCCCACAGCGCUGACAGACCUGGAAGGCUCCACCAUAGUACUCUACUCCCUGCUGGCACUGUGCGCGGUGCUGCUUGUUUCUAGCUUGUCUAUAGCCUUCACAGUCUUUCUUAGGAAAUGCAGGGCCAAACCCUCUAACCUAGGAGCCAAGGAGGCUAACCCCAAGCAGAAGCGUGAGGUCCAGCCAGGCAAGGAGAGUGGCCUGCCAGGUGGCCAGCUGUGGCAGAGCUCCACAGACUUAACAAGUUCAAGCCGUCCCAUCGACCGUGAGACAGAUGACCCCAGCCCGACAGAGACCUGUGUGUGUGUCCACUGUUUCCCUGACCUGAAAGCUACAGGCCUGAGCAAUGACAGGCCCCUGAGAGCACCUACUGCUUACUACCAGCAAACGGUCCUCCAUAGAGCCCAAACCCAAAAUGGAGGUGCAGUCUGGACUGGAGGUCCAGGAGGAAGCAGCAAUGGGAUGGGGACCACUCAUACUCUCUCAGCUUGAAGUAUCCCACAAGAAAACCGGAAUGGAUAAAUCAGAUUUGUCGGUAUAUUUGAUUUUAGCAGAACAAAAAACAAACAAAAAACUCUAUUCCAUCAUACUCUCAUGCUGCUGCAGAUGCUGUCGGUGUUUAAAAAGUCAUUCUUCAUCCAAUGACGCACAGAAACAAGUGAAAGACAUCUUUCCAUUCAAAAACCGUAGAAAAACAGGUUUCUCACUCUGAUGAGGACAGAAUUGGAAUUUUGUGAUACAGAGCAGUGGAAGCUUUACUGCACAAUGCUCUGUUUGCACAUAACUGAAUGUAACUGAUUCGUUUAUCAGGGGUUUCAUGAAAAAUGGUUCACUUUUUUUGCAUCAUGAUUACUGAGGCUGGACUACUGUAUUGUCAGAUUAUUUCCUUUCACACACGCCACAUGGCAGGCAGCAGUCACCUUUAGUCUUUGUGAAACUUUUAACAGGAGUCCUGAGGCAAAGUGAAGAAAAGCAUCAGUCCAUCUUCAUCUUUGCAACUGACUUGGUGUCACCACUGCCUUUUAAGGGCAAAACACAUUUUCAGUGAUACUUAGUUUGCAGUACAUCUACUAAAACGUUCCUGGCACUGAAAGGUUUUGCUCUUCACCACACAAUCAUUCCAUUGUGGGAGAAGAAAAGAGGAGGUGGAUGUAAAAACUAGAUGAACAGCCAGUCUCGCCAACUACCUUGUGUAAACCAAAUAGCCUGUGACAGUCCUGGAACCCCGCCAAACUAUGGACAAAUCCAGAAACAGCCCAACAGCAGCUAACUUCUGUCAGAUCACAGUUUCACAUGAUGUCAUUUCAGUAAAGCUAUACUUGUGUGCCUGAGUUCAUGCCUCCCAAUCUUGUUUGCCGAUUUUCCACCAAAACAAGUGAAGCACACGCUACAUAACAAUGCAUUUCAAACAACAAAUUGAGCAAUGCUCCAGGUAGUA